AUGUGGCAAAAUAUUAACCUCGAUUGUACUCUUGACAUGCAGGAUAUGCUUUUGCCGGAUGAAAUUGUCUGGCUGGACCACAUACAAACUACUGAGUCAACAUUGAGCUUGGCUGCGGCCGGGAAUGGACCCCUCUCUCACUUAAUGCAUUCGCAGACUGGUGAAAGUACUGCAUUGUCCCGACUCUCCUCCCCAGAGAUCCUAGAUCCGCCAGAUGUUCGCGAUGUAAUGCAAACUGUGUGCAACUACACCAUAUCUGAGGAGCGGUGGGUAUCGAUUGAAGACGAAUUGGCUCAGCAUCAAUUAUCUCUACCAUCCAGAAAACGACUCUCACAGUUCGUGAAUCGAUACUUUCACAGUUUUCAUUCCCAUCAACCCUUUAUUCACAUGUCGACCUGGUCCCCGAACACCUCUAACUCGACCCUUUUGCUUGCAAUAUGCGCUUGCGGCGCUCAAUAUAGCUUGGAGUCAGAAGUAGCCUCUCAGCUGCUCAAAGCUGCUAUCUAUCGUUUGCCGUAUCAAGCUCAAGAUAUUCAAGUUCUACAGGCUCUUAUGAUCUUAUCGGCUGGGACUGCUUGGAGUGGCUCGCCAGAAAUGCUGAAAAUAGCGCUAGAUUACUAUGGAAAAAUGGCCAUGAUGCUUCGCUCUGGAUGGAAUCGAAGUCGCCAAGAUAAUCAUGAACAGCCCCCAAGCUGGGAAAGAUGGAUCGAAAUGGAAUCUCUCAGGCGGUAA